AUGGCCAAACAUCAGAUACCUAAUUAUCUGGACAAAAAUACCUUUAAAGAGUGGUUGGAUUCCUACGAUACUAUUUUAACAGAUUGUGAUGGCGUUCUUUGGGUUUAUGGCAGUGUCAUCGAUGGCUCUGUGGAGGCUAUAAACAGCUUAAAACAAAUGGGCAAGAAACUUUUCUUUUGCACCAACAAUUGCACCAAAACACGCAAGGAACUACUGGUGAAAGCAGUCGAUAUGGGUUUUAAUAUCACAGAGGAAGAAAUCAUCUCAACAGCACAUUCAGGUGCGGCCUAUUUAAAGGGUCUUAACUUUGAUAAAAAAGUAUUCGUCAUAGGUACAGAGGGUAUAACAAAAGAACUCGAUGCUGUGGGUAUAAAACAUAAUAAGGUGGGUGCUGAAUGCAUGCCCGGUUCAUUGGAGGAAUAUAUUUCUAAACAUUUGAAAUUGGAUGAAAAAGUGGGUGCUGUAAUGGUGGGAUUUGAUGAACAUAUUAGUUUUCCAAAACUGACACAAGCUGUCACAUAUUUAAAUGAUCCGGAUUGCUUGUUUAUCGCCACAAACACAGAUGAAAGUUUUCCCAUGCCUCAUAUGGUGGUACCGGGAACUGGAAGUUUUGUUAGAGCCAGAACAUGUGUGGAGCGAAAUGCUUUAGUUAUAGGUAAACCCAAUAAAGAGAUAUGUGAUCUUAUCAAAGAUGGCACCAUUAAACCGGAAAGAACUUUAAUGAUAGGUGACAGAUGCGAUACUGACAUUCUAUUGGGCUAUAAUUGUGGCUUCCAAACUUUGCUGGUGGGUACGGGCAUACAUCAACUAAACGAUGUGCAAGCCUGGAAAAAGUCCAAUGAUCCCGAAUUGCUUAAACUUAUACCAGAUAUGUACUUACCUAAACUGGGCGAUUUACUGCCUCAUAUGUGAAUUCAGUUUUCUUUUGAACUUAAUUUU